AUGUCUGAUACUGAAGAUAACACCCAAGAAGGAGCACAAGAAUUCGCCAAGGAAGAGGAAUGCAAGGCUCAAUUUACUCCAUUGGUGAACAAGGACGAACUUCCUACUCGUGAUGUUCAUAUUAAAAUUGAAGAUGAGGAGGAAAUUUAUCAAGUUCGUGCCAAGCUCUUCAGAUUCGAUAACGAUUCAAGUGAAUGGAAAGAACGUGGUGUUGGUAUUAUGAAAUUCCUUCAACACAAGACCGAUAAACAUAAAGUGAGAGCUUUGAUGAGAAGAGACAAGACUUUGACAAUUUGUGCCAACCAUUUGAUCAUUCCAGAGAUGAAGUUGACUCAAAAUGUUGGUAGCGACAAGGCCUGGGUCUAUUCAUCACCAGCUGAUUUUGCUGACGAUGAAGCCAAGUCUGAAAUUUUUGCUAUUCGUUUCAGAGACACUGAAACCGCUCAAGAAUUCAAGAAAAAAUUCGAAGAAGCUCAAGCUUUUGCCAAACGAGAAAAUACCUCAGAUAAACCAAGCGAGGAAAAGAAGGAAUAA